CUACCAAAAGUAAUCAGCACUAAUGGACUGCUAGAUACGGUUUUUUCCCUUCAUAAAAUUUAUCCCCUAAACAGGCUACGGUUAUUCUCAAAAUAUCCAAGAAAAAAGAACAUUUUAUUUCAAGCAAAGCAAACACACCUGCCAUCUAACUUUUGGUACUUUCCUUUGAAAUAUCAGAAAAAAACAGUUAAACUUGCUGCCACGUUUAUUACAGGAAAAAAACAACUCCAAGUGAAGAUCAGAGUAAUAACGAAGACCUGAAAAUGGGAAAUUCUCAGUCGAAUUCCACGAAUCCACGAUUUGCUUUAGCUAAGAGAGCCUUCACUGAGAAGAAACUAGAAGACCUGAAAUCGUUGUUCGAUUCAUUAGCUGCACAAUCUCAGAGCAAUGGACAAUACAUUUCUAAUUCCGUUUUCAAGGUGUAUAUUGGAGUUGAAGGGCCUUUGGGUGAUAGAAUGUUUGAUUUGGUUACCCAGAAACGUAAGGAUCAAAAACUUACAUUUGAAGACCUUGUCAUUGCUAAAGGAACGUAUGAGAAAGGGACAAAUAAUGAUAUUGAAGAGUUUAUCUAUCAGUUGUUAGAUGUCUUUGAUGAUGGCAUUGUUGGAAGAUCAGAUCUGGAAGCUGUCUUGACUGAAGUACUCAGAAAUAUAUUUUCUCACGAGAGCCAUCAAUCUGAACCUAGUUCAGAGAGGGAACUUCUCGACAUUUUCCUUAAUGCUGCAAAUUUAACAACGGAUGAUAAAGAAAGCGCUGAAAGCUGUAUGUCUUUCGAGGAAUUUAGAAGCUGGUGUGCCCGUCUUCCAUCAGUAAGGAAGUUUCUUGGAACUCUGUUGUCUCCACGUCAUUCAGGCUCUGAGGUUCCUAUGCUAGUAUACCCAGAAAAUAUUGAUCCUGCCGUAAUAUUGUUGAGAAAGGAAUAUGCUUGGCAUAUAGGCGGGGCCCUCCCCCAAGACGAGCUGCAUGAAUGGAGACUUUUGUAUCACAGUACAGUACAUGGCCUAAGUUUCAGUACAUUCCUGGGGGAUAUUUCAGAUGACAAAGGGCCAACUUUAUUGAUAAUAAAAGAUAAAGAAGGCUAUAUUUACGGGGGUUAUGCAUCUCAGCCAUGGGAGAGGCAUGCUGACUUUUAUGGGGACAUGAAGUCUUUCCUCUUCCAGCUAUACCCAAAGGCAUCGGUUUACCGUCCUACUGGAGCGAACUCUAAUUUACAGUGGUUUGCUAUACAUUUUAGUUCUGAUAGCAUCCCCAAUGGCAUUGGAUUUGGAGGACGAGCUCACCACUUCGGCUUGUUCGUCUCAGCUAACUUUGACCAGGGGCAUACUUUCACCUGCACUACCUUUGGCAGUCCUAGCUUGUCAAAGACCCAAAAAAUCAUCCCAGAAGUGAUAGAAUGCUGGGGAGUAGCGAUAAAAAGACCUCAAGAUAAUCAGGAUCGACUUCAAGGUACUGUGUUAGAUAGAUUUAAAGAGGAUCGUCAUAUGCUUAACAUGAUUGGACUUGCAAAUUCUAGUCAGUGAUGUGCCUGCGUCCACUCAACUUAUCUGAAGUUGAGGCACUUGCUGUGUUUCCUCUUUACUUGCUUCUUCUGCUCAAUUAGCACGGUUUGGCUUGCAAAUUCGAGAGUUUAUUAUCUUGCAUGUAAUUUAACAAUGUAUCGUGUUAUUACAAUGUAAUUGAGUAAAAUAAUCAAUAGAUGCCCAACCCUGUGUACGCACAAAUAGCACCUAAAUUGUAAUUUAAGCUUUUGGAAUCAUUCCUAUCCGUCGAGUGUGGGCUGAUUCAACAAGCCAUUAUGCCAUCAUUGUUAAUAGUAGUUAUCAUUUUGAUAUAUUGUCAUGA